CCUUAGCUACAGACCGCAGUUACUAGGGAAACCACUUUGAGGACGCAGUGGGCGGAGUGAUAUAGCCACGCCUUCGUGCUUCAUGGUGGAAAAAGUUCCGGUGACCUGUGCAUCGUCUUACCUUGCUGUAUUCCUCCGCACCGCUAUGGAGUGCCCGCACCUUACCGCUAGUGUCUGCAUUGUUCCGGACUCUGCCGCCUUUCCUAGCGGAUCCCCCUCAUCGUGGUGUUGCAGCGUUUGUCGUUCAAAUAAAAGCCCAUGGGUCUGUCUAACAUGUUCCAGUGUCCACUGUGGAAGAUAUGUGAAUGGCCAUGCCAAGAAACAUUACGAGGAAGCACAAGCACCACUUCCCAACCACAAGGAACAUGAAAAGGCGGAGAAGGAAAGAACACAGCACACCGUGUGUAUGGAUUGCAGCAGCUACACCACAUAUUGUUACCGCUGUGAUGACUUUGUGGUGAACGAUACAAAAUUGUGUUUAGUGCAGAAAGUUCGGGAGCACUUGCAGAACUUGGAAAACUCUGCGUUCACAGUAGAACGACACCGAAAAAGGAAAUUCUUGGAUAACGCUUCACUUAAUAGAAAAAUGCUCAAAAUAAAUGGAAGUACGAGUGCCCUCUGUGCCACUGGUCUAAGAAAUCUGGGGAAUACCUGUUUCAUGAAUGCUAUUCUUCAGUCGUUAAGCAACAUUCAGCAGUUUUGCUGCUACUUCAAGGAGUUACCAGCAGUGGAACUUCGGAAUGGAAAAACAGCUGGCCGUCGAACUUACCAUACGAGGAGUCAGGGUGAAGUAAAUGUGUCGUUGGUUGAGGAGUUCAGGAAGACGUUGUGUGCAUUGUGGCAGGGCAACCAAGCGGCUUUCAGUCCAGAAUCCUUAUUCUACGUGGUAUGGAAAAUCAUGCCAAAUUUCAGGGGUUAUCAGCAGCAAGAUGCCCAUGAGUUCAUGCGCUACUUAUUGGACCACUUGCAUUUAGAACUUCAAGGGGACCCCGAUGGCUCAAGUCAUUCUGUCAUGUCACAGGCAAACACCAGCCGGUCCUCAAGCAGCAAAUGUUGUAUUAAUGGAGCAAACACAGUGGUCACCUCUGUUUUUGGGGGCAUUCUGCAGAAUGAAGUAAACUGUUUAAUUUGUGGAACAGAAUCCAGGAAGUUUGACCCAUUUCUAGAUCUUUCUUUAGAUAUUCCUAGUCAAUUCCGUAACAAACGUUCAAAGAACCAAGAAAAUGGACCAACCUGCACCAUUAAAGACUGUCUACGCAGCUUCACAGACCUGGAGGAGUUGGAUGAGACAGAGCUUUACAUGUGUCUAAAAUGCAAAAAGAAACAGAAAUCCACAAAAAAAUUUUGGAUCCAAAAGCUACCAAAGGUUCUUUGCUUACACUUGAAAAGAUUUCAUUGGACGGCUUACCUUAGGAACAAGGUGGACACAUAUGUAGACUGUCCACUGCGAGGACUGGACAUGAAGUGUUUUUUGCUCGAGCCAGAAAAUAUGGGCCCAGAAAGUUGCCUCUAUGAUCUAGCAGCUGUUGUUGUCCAUCAUGGCUCAGGUGUUGGUUCCGGUCACUACACAGCUUAUGCCACCCACGAGGGACGCUGGUUCCACUUCAAUGACAGUACAGUAACCCUAACAGAAGAGGAGACUGUGGUGAAAGCAAAAGCCUACAUUUUGUUCUAUGUGGAACGUCCGAUCCCUGCCAGUCCAGAAAAACUCUGAAUACCUCCGUUCAUUCCCAAGAACUUCACACAUGCCCACCCUCCACUAAUACUUGAUUGGAAAAGAAUGUUUUUGUGUUUUUCAUGCACUUUCACAGCUGUGUGUGGCUGUCUGAGAUAAAAUAAGCUGUAUUGACAGAACUUGUAUGCCACAUAUGCUGCCAAAGAGGUCUACAGUUCUCUCAAGACAAUGUAGAUCUCCUCCAAAGAAGACGUUAGAUGCAGUAAAUCCCUAAUUACACUGAAAUUUUGAUCAGGUGAAAAAAAAAAAAAAAAAAAAAGGAAAUGCUAAAUCAGUGAAAUCAUGUAAAGCUUGCAUGUGUUACGUGGUAAAGGCCUUAGUGUUGGCUGUGUUAAUUUUUCUAGCCCUGGGGACACCAAUGCAGCACCUUAAGCAAAUAACUGGAACAGAUGGAAAAUAAUCAGACGAGGAAUCUGUAAAGGAACGGUGGGGAGCAGGCAUUAUAGAAAUUGGUUUGCACAAUCAGUUUGGGAAAAAUUGUGUAUAGUAAUUUUUGUUUUAUAUUUGUCCUCUACCCUAUCAGUUCAGUUGAGGGUAAGUGGCUUGUUUCGAAGUCAAAAUGUGGAUUUAGACCUGGUUACACAUCAAAUAAAUCAGUUUUCCCCAAACUCUGUCUUCAAGGCACGCUAACCGUCCAGGUUUUAAGGAUAUCCAUACUUGAACAGAGGUGACUUAAUUACUAGCUCAGUCAUUUUGAUUUGAAUGAUCUGUGCUCAACUAUGGAUACUGUAUGGUUAAAACCUGGACUUUUGAGGGGCAUUGAGGACUGUGUUUUUGUAACACUGGCAUAGAUGUCUGCAUAAACACUGAAGUGGUAUAACAGUCCUACCUAUUAUGUUGCUACUCUGUUUUAAUAACUUUAUCCUGCAGACUGAUAUAUCUGCUCACCAGGGGCUUGAGUAAUGACUCCAAAGGUGCCUUGCCUGAUCUCAGACCCAAAGCAAGGGUUGUUUCUUCAGCGGGGUACACUGUGUUCCUCAGGGAAAACAUUGGGGUGUAGAGUUGGAUCUUGACCCGAGGCACCAACAGGCUAAAGCUUUAACUGUUCCCAUGAUGCAUUGCACCGCCGCCUCUAUAACCCCGCCACUGGACACUGGAGCUCAGUUUGUAAGUUGGUACCUGCAGAGCAGUUCACUGAACAGUUGGGGCUGCGCUAGGCAGCCCUGAAAAGAGCUUUUUAAGAAUACUUCAAGGGCCACAGCACUGUUUGUCAUUGUGACAUGCUGUGCUGCGGCUCAAUCACCUCCCUUAGCAGCGCUGCAUACUCCCGCGGCUGGUUCCCGGGUACUUGCAGUGGAGGCGCACCAGUCCUCAGGCACACCACCGCUGACGCUCUCCAGGAUCGCGUGGCUGCACAUCAGGGAGGAGGUAAGAGGGUCCCCCAGGUGGGACCAGCUGGUAAAUUGCGGUCCGGUUGCUGUCCCAGGAGACUGACCGCGCUGCUGGCGUGGACACUGUACUCCACAGGGACCCCACUAUAUCCACCAGGGCAGGGAGCAGAGGUCGGAUUUUGAAUAAUCCGUUUUACAUAGGCUCCAUAGUACCUGAUCAGCAUAGGGGAUAAGGCGUUGACCUGUAGCUCCGGGCGCCAUCUACUGCUGGUGUUCCCGCCCUGGAGCUGCAUUUCACUCUCCCUCACUCCCUGACAGAGAUUUUGGCGCCAUCUUUACAAGAAGCUGCGGCCGAUCUUCGGGACUGCAGGGCAUGUCUCCUCUGUAAAUUCGCCUGCCUCAUCAGCGCUGUGAUUUUACAGGCACUUAAGUAUUCUAUAUGUUAUUUUAGACAGUGUUAGUUAAGAACAAGUGCACUUCUACCUGAAUAUUUAGUACAAGUAUUCUGUGAUAUACAUCCAGUAUCUACUGUGCAUUGUGUAUGUAUAUGUAUGUAUGUAUGUAUGUAUGUAUGUAUGUAUGUAUAUAUAUAUAUAUAUAUAUAUAUAUAUAUAUAUAUAUAUAUAUAUAUAUAUACAUACAUACACUUUUAUUUUUAUUUAUAUAUAAGUGUGUGUGUGUAUGUAUGCAAUAUAUAGUUUUACUUGUCCAGUGCAGUUUUAUUGUUUAUCUGUAAUAACUUCUGCAUUGUACCUGUGACUGAGUGUGCCUGUAGCUGCUUUGUGGAUUUCAUUCUAGUGUAUCACACUUAUUGCUAUCACUAUAUUCCGUACCCUGGGGGGCUAGGUGCAUCAGGGUCUCGUGUAUAUAGUGCUACACCGUAUAUACUGUUUUGUGUGUUUUACUGUGUAUUUCAGUCCCCUCAUACUGCUUUAAUUCUCUGUGUGCUGUAUCUAUUGUCACAUAAAUCAGGGGGUUAUUUGCAGGUGUUGUGUUUGUCUGGCUAUAUUGCACUGUUACGCUCUAAGGCUACAUUCCCUAUAAUGUCUGCCACACAGGGCGGGAAAUCCGCGGACGCUUCUGCAUCAUGCAAUGCUUGCAACAAGGAUUUACCUGAGGGGGAAGUUUUAGCUGAUGGUUCAGGCACUGGGUGCCAUACAUCUCUCAGCCCGCAGCACCUGUGGCUAAUCAGGAACCACCUUGGGCAGCGUUCUCAAGAAUGCUGAAUAUACUUGUGACACUUCUUGCACCCCCUCUGGGACUGCCUGUGCCAUUGCAGCCACAUAUUGUCCCUGUAGUUAGUCCGCCCUGGGCGGACCCUCUGUCUACCCAGAUACAACAAUUAAAUCAAUCUUUGGUUAGACAAAAGUCUACCCCAUGCCCAUUUGGGGUCAAGGGUUCAUCUAAGCGGGCCGCUUCCUCCUCACAAUCCACUAAUAUUUCAGAUAAUUCUUCUGAUGAGGAUGGGGAAUAUACUGAUCCGUCAGACACUGAUACAGUCGCUUCUAACAAGGAAUCUACAACCCAAGUUGAUGUUCCUGACCUAGUGGUGGCUAUUAAGCUGAUUCUACAAAUUGAUUAUGAGAGAGAUCCCACUACUGCGUCUAAGAAACCUGAUAAAUUCAAACGUCUUGCGAAGAAGCAAAAGAAGACUGUUUUAUUGUCUCUCUGGGGCACACUUUAAAUCAAUGAAUGUAAAUAUAUUGCAGAUAUAUAAAGUACAAAGUAAGUGUGAGUUUAAAACUUAACUUUUAAUAUUCUGUACAGACGAUAACAUUGUAAAUUGAAUAGGCAACAAUUGGUUAAAAGAAGAUUAACUCAAGAAAAAAUAUGUUACUCAUUAUAAGUUAGGUGACAAAUUGCCUCUAUGCACACCCACUGUAUUUUUGGUGAGUAUCAAUAUAUGUCGUUUAUCAAAGCGAAAAUUUCCAUUUUCUAGUUCUCUCUAUCAACUUAUGGGAUAGAUAAUAUAUAUAUAUAUAUAUAUAUAUAUAUAUAU